AUGCUGCCUGGGAGAGCGGCUGAUGUCCGGCACUGCGUCCUGACGAGCCGCUGGCUGCCUGCAGCUCUGGCGCUCCUCCUCCUCCUCUCCUGCAGCUUCAGCAGCGCUCACAGCACCACGGUGGAGCACGACUUCCACAUCGUUCACAAUGUCGACAACAGAAGUCCAGAGAUAGACCCCUUCUGGUACGUGGGGCGUGGAGUGAGACCCAUCGGGCGCUUUGGGAAGAGGCACAGCAGCGUGGAGGCUCUGGGCAGCGGGGGGGUGCAGCCCGUCCUGUUAGGGCUGCUGCUCAACAGCCUCAGAAACAAGGAGAACCUCGGGAAGGUGCUGGAUGAGGAAGACGGGGUGUGGUUACCGUGACAGAGUGUCCUCCUCCCCUCAUCUACAAGUGUCUUCAUUUUUUAUCUUGAUUGAGGUUAUAUACUGUUAUAGCUCUUAACUGUAUUUCUCUCUGACAUCUUUUAUGAGGCCUUGGUUGAAAGGAUC